CCUAGGGAUCUUAGAUGUCUCUCAGACAAUUUUUUUUUAAUAAUUAAAUCAUAAAAAAAAAAAUUAAAAAGACACCGAAGCGUAAGUGACUGUUAGUAACAUCCUUCAUAAUGUCAAAAUCCCAUUCGUUUUUUGAGGAUUUUAAAAUAUAAGAUGUCGGUUACUUUUUGUUUUCAUUAGACAGUGACAAACACACAGUGGAUUUUCUUUCUUUCUGGAGCUUCAUUCUUCUUUCUCUCUGUUUUUUUUUUUUUUUUUCAACUCUUCUGGCCUCCUCAGUUUUGCUUUUCUCUUCGGAUUUUCUAUGAAUCUUAACGCUGUCGUUUUGGCUUCGUUUUCUCUGCGAAGUGUUUCUGUUCGGCGUUAGCAAGGGGUAGCGGAGGGAAAAGCAGAGAGAAAAAAAAAAAAAAAUUGGUGUUUAAUUCUUUGACGUGGAGAUAUGGCUACACUUAGUGAUAUAGCAGUUGGAGCCGCUAUAAAUAUCCUCACUGCACUUGCUUUCUUUCUGGCUUUUGCCAUGCUUCGGAUUCAACCUGUCAAUGACAGGGUCUACUUUCCAAAAUGGUAUAUUAAAGGGUUGAGGAAUACUCCAUUGCAGGCUGGUGCAUUCAUCAGCAAGUUUGUCAAUGUGGACUUCAGGUCUUAUAUUAGGUUUCUGAAUUGGAUGCCUGCUGCAUUGCAAAUGCCAGAACUUGAGCUUAUAGAUCAUGCAGGAUUGGACUCUGCAGUUUACUUGAGAAUUUACUUGAUAGGGCUAAAAAUUUUUGUUCCUAUUGCAUUCUUGGCUUUUGCAGUCAUGGUGCCAGUCAAUUGGACCAAUGGAACCCUAGAGCAUUUAAAUUUAAGUUCAAAGUUAACUUAUAGUGAUGUAGAUAAGCUUUCUAUUUCAAAUAUUCCGAUUGGAUCACGUAGGUUUUGGACCCAUAUAGUAAUGGCUUAUGCGUUUACAUUCUGGACUUGCUAUGUAUUGAAAAGGGAGUAUGAGAUAGUUGCAACAAUGAGGUUACAUUUUCUUGCAUCUGAACGUCGGCGCCCAGAUCAGUUCACAGUUCUUGUUCAAAAUGUGCCACCAGAUCCUGAUGAAUCAGUUAGUGAGCUUGUGGAACACUUUUUUCUAGUCAACCAUCCUGAACACUACCUUACCAAUCAGGUCGUUUACAAUGCAAACAAACUUUCUAAUCUAGUCCAUGAGAAGAAGAAAAAACAGAACUGGCUUGAUUUCUAUCAACUUAGGUACUCUAGAAAACCAUCUGCAAGGCCAUUUGUGAAGACUGGUUUUCUUGGUCUUUGGGGAAGAAGGGUGGAUGCAAUUGAUUUUUAUACAUCAGAAAUUGAGAGACUAUCAGAAGAAAUAUCCAUUGAGAGAGAGAAAAUUGCAAGCAAUCCUAAAUCCAUCAUGCCAGUAGCAUUUGUAUCUUUCAAGACUCGAUGGGGUGCUGCUGUUUGUGCACAGACUCAACAGUCCAGAAAUCCAACUAUAUGGUUGACAGAGUGGGCUCCAGAGCCCCGUGAUGUAUAUUGGGAUAACCUAGCAAUCCCAUAUGUUUCACUCACUAUUAGGAGACUUAUCAUUGCUGUUGCUUUCUUCUUCCUUACCUUUUUUUUCAUGAUCCCCAUUGCAUUCGUACAGUCCCUUGCAAAUAUCGAGGGUAUUGAGAAAGCAGUCCCUUUCUUAGAGCCUGUAAUUGAGUUGAAAUUUAUCAAGUCAAUAAUCCAAGGUUUUCUUCCAGGAAUUGCUUUGAAGAUUUUUCUGAUUUUUCUCCCUUCGAUACUGAUGUUAAUGUCCAAGUUUGAAGGAUUUAAUAGCAUUUCAGCUUUAGAGCGAAGAUCCGCAAGUAGAUACUACAUUUUCCAAUUUAUUAAUGUAUUUCUUGGGAGCAUAAUUACUGGAACUGCUUUUCAACAGCUAGAUAAUUUCAUCCACCAAUCUGCAAAUGACAUUCCAAAAACAAUUGGUGUGUCGAUUCCAAUGAAGGCAACCUUCUUUAUAACUUAUAUUAUGGUUGACGGGUGGGCUGGAAUUGCUGGGGAGAUUCUAAGGUUGAAACCAUUGAUAAUUUAUCACUUAAAAAACUUCUUCUUAGUGAAGACGGAAAAGGAUAGGGAAGAGGCGAUGGAUCCAGGUACCCUUGGUUUCAACACUGGCGAACCUCAGAUACAACUUUAUUUCUUGCUUGGGCUUGUUUACUCAGUGGUGACCCCAAUCCUACUUCCUUUCAUAAUAGUAUUUUUUGCCCUGGCAUAUGUUGUAUAUCGACAUCAGAUUAUAAAUGUGUACAAUCAAGAGUAUGAGAGUGCUGCAGCAUUCUGGCCUGACAUCCAUGGUCGCAUAGUAACUGCGCUGGUUGUCUCACAACUACUUCUAAUGGGAUUGUUGAGUACAAAAAAUGCAGCUCAGUCAACUCCAUUGCUCAUCACACUACCGGUUCUAACUAUAUUCUUUCAUAGGUUCUGCAAAGGCCGCUAUGAACCUGCUUUCCUUAGAUAUCCAUUGCAGGAAGCAAUGAUGAAAGAUACAUUGGAACGAGCAAGAGAGCCAAAUCUAAACUUGAAAGGCUUCCUACAAAAUGCAUAUAUUCAUCCAGUUUUCAAAGGCGAAGACGAAGAUGAUAAUGAUGUGGCAAUGGAAGAACCGAUGCAGGAGCAGGUGCUUGUACAAACAAAACGUCAAUCGCGAAGAAACACGCCAUUGCCUAGCAAACACAGUGGUUCAACAUCUCCAUCCAAGUCCAGAGUUGUUCGAGACUAAAAAGUCUAGCUUCUUCUACUACACACAAGUUUUAUAUAUUGUGUUAGGUGGGCUUGGAGGUUGAAAAGUGAUUAACUGUGUGAGUUCAAAUAUGACCUUGUAAAUUCAAAGAUAGUGUUAGGGAGGAUAGCACUUAUUAUUAUUAUUAUUAUAAUAUAGAGGAACGUUACAAAGGGAAAUAUGGGUAAGAAAAGUAUAGGAAUUUGAUUCUCUGCUAUUGGUGGCUUGGCUUUCCUGACAUGUUACAGGCUUUAUGUUAGAGCUUGAAUUACACCAGCAUGUUUGAAUAUUA